AUGUCGGACUUUUGGACUCAAUUAAUACAAUAUACAGAUGGAAUCGAAACUGAAACAUCUGAUAUUGAUAAUCCUGAGCAUCUUCUAUCGAAAUUAUUAACACAUGCUGAACACGAACGAGAAUUACUUGAAGCUAAAUUUAAUCCAAUCUCAAUAGCAACAAAAGAAAAUCUUUCAAUAGUAUCUCAAUUACACAAUGGCAUAACAAUGACAAAAAAACUUCUUGAACAACAUGAACAACUGCGAAUUCAAGAAUGUAAAUUAGCCAUUGAAUUGAAAUCACGCGAAAAUGAAGCAGAAUUAAUUGCUCAAGAUUUUCGCACAACUGUUAAACGUUUGAAGAACACAGCAAGGAUUAUUGAUUAUCUUCAUUGCCUUGAAACACUCUUGACAUAUAGCUCUGCACUGGAAAAAUCUCUUUCCGCUGAAUCGCUGGAUGAAUCUUUAUCAAUUUAUUCUAAACUGUCAAGGCUUACUGAACUCGUGCAUGACACCUCAACUGAACAUUUACGUGCGUACAGUACUAAUCUUGCACUUUAUUGGUAUGAAGAACUUAAAACUGCUAUCGAAUCACGUAUGGAAAACGUCUUGAAACUUAUCGAAUUUCCAUACAUUCGUAAAAUGCCACCAAAUGUUGUGAUCGAAUUAUUUGACAUAAAUCGUGAUAUAUUAAAGCAAGAAUUAGCGUACGCAUUAAAAUUGCGGCUACCAAAUAAUGUUAAACAUGAUGAUGUUCAAUCACGUUUACGUUUUAUUGGUUGGAAACCAAUCCCAUUAUUCAUUCAUAUGCUAUUAAAAGGUUUUAUUACUCGUUUUAACUUUCAUUUUUAUGGUCAACAAAAAACAAAUGAUCGUCGUAAACCUGAAUGGUAUCUUAAUCAAAUAAUUACGUGGAUUCUCGAUCAUGAUGAUUUUCUAACUAAACAAUUACAACCAUUAAUUGAUGAAUUUUCGGAUGUCUCACCAAUUAAUGUUAAAGUUGAAUUUAUUCGCGGUUUGAUCGAACUUAUUAUUGUUAAAAUUGACAGUCAAAUAACGUCGAUACUUAGUGAUACAACAUUAUUUACACAUUAUAUUGAAGAAAUUCUUAUUUUUUCACAACGUCUGUUUGAAAAAGAUAUUGAUUACCCACAGGAUUUACCGAGCUGCAUGAAUUUAUUAUGUGAUGAAAUCGUUUUUGAAAAAUGGUUUCAAGUUGAACAAGAUGUUUCUCGUGCAAAAUUACAAAAUAUAUUUCAAUCAUCUACAGCACAUCAAAGUGUUUAUGAACGUAUGCUCGAGCGAAAUCCAGACGAAAUAAAAAUAAGUGAAUGUGCUGAAACAUUCUUAACACUUCUUCAUGCAAUGGAAGAUCGUUAUCGUCAUGUACCAUAUCCAUCUUGUACUCUUCGUUUAUUUUCUUUACAAGUCGAUUUACUUGACCAAUUUCUAAACGAUCUAAAAGAUUGUUUACACAAUGAACAGCAAGAUAUUGACCCGCUAUCAAAAUAUUUUUGUUCAAUACUGAAUUCAAUUGUUUAUGUAGCGGAUGUUAUUCAACAAUGGAAAAAUCGUUCACACUAUCAACGUUUACAAUAUUUCCAUGAAGAAUAUAAAAUUUUUAUUAAAAAUAAUGGCAUGGAUAACUUUGCGGAUAAAAAUUCGAAUCAAAUUGAUAUUGAUUCAACAUUAGCUCAACAGUUUGAUUUAAUACAAUUAAAUAAAAAGAAUGAUUUAAUACCAGCAUCAAUAUUCGAUCAUUUACUUGAACAAUAUCGUGAUGAAGAAGAAAAAAAUUGUAGUAUCAUUGUCAAUCAUAUUGUCAGUACACUUAAAGCAAAAAGUCGACGAUACAUCAAUGAAAAAUGGUCAGCAAUGCCCAACCCUAAAGAUUAUUUUAGUAUGAAUAUCUCUUCAUCGGCUAUAGAUGUCUUAUUAGAAUUACAAACAACUUUUGCUAAUUUAUCAAUUAAUCUUUUAAAAAAUGUUUCCAAUGAAAUACGUGCCAGAGUUAUUAAGCAAUUUGAUGAAUAUUUGUUUAAUAGGAUUAUAAAUGACUAUACAUUUAAUGAAGGUGGUGCAGCACAAUUUCUUUUCGAUAUGAAUCGAGGAUGGUCUCGUAUUGUCAAUGAUCAUUUCUCACAAUUAUUCAAUAAAUGUCGUGAAUCUGCUUUACUUCUCACAAUGCCAAUUGGUUCUGCUCUUUUAUUAGUUGAUGCUCUACAACAAGAUUUAUCACUAGCAUCGCUGACAGAUUCAUCCUCAAAAGAUCCUAUAGUAUCAUCUCCGCUGCCUUCUGCUCUACACGAAAUGGGUAUUCAUAAUUUAAGUGAAUUCGAAGCCGAUCAAGUAUUACAACGUCGGCGUGAUCUAACUAAUUGUUGA